AUGGCCUCGGAGCCCAUCUCCGUUCUUUUUGUCUGCCUAGGAAACAUCUGUCGCUCCACCAUGGCCGAAGGAAUCUUCCGAUCCAUAGUCGCAAAACCUCCUUAUCAAGCCCUGAUUUCAGAGGUGGAUUCGUGCGGAACAGGUGCAUAUCAUACCGGUUCCAGUCCUGAUUCGAGGACUAUGUCUACGUUGGAGGAUAAUGGGAUUACUGAUUAUGAGCAUGCGGCGAGGAAGGCUCAGACGUCGGAUUUCACGAAUUUUGAUUAUGUUUUUGCUAUGGAUCGUGACAACCUCCGUGACCUUCAGCGCCUUCACCAACGUACUGGUGGCAAAGCCAAGGUGAUGCUCUUUGGCGAGUUUUCCGGCAAGAAAAAGGCUGAGGAAGUUGAUGAUCCGUACUAUGGUGCUCGGGAUGGGUUCGAAAUAGCCUAUGAGCAGUGUACAAGAUUUUCAAAGAACUUCUUGAAGGAGACGUUUCCUGAUGUGAAGUCUUGA